CUCUUGAUCCUGAAUUCUUUUUUUCCUGGACCAAGUCAUGACUUGAUUUUUAUGGACUUUCUCGGAUUGUUCUUUCGAGAUCCAUUGGCGGGUAUUCCAGCAGAAUUGCUUAAAGUUACGUGGUUUCAAUUGAGCGGGUCUGUACCAGUAAUUCCUGGAAAGAAGUAUCGCAUUAGUUUCAAACUGGGCUUCAAUCCAAACUCAUUUGGUUGGAAGGCCCAUCCUACUUUUCUGAUGGCCAAGAUAGGGAAAAGUGGACGGUACGUCUGGAAAAGUCUAAAGGGAGUAGAGCGGAUGCCCGGAGGACCAAUUGACUUACCGGACCAUUGCAAUCCAUUUGAAAUUGAAGUUCCACCCUCAGCUUUGGACACAACGCUUUAUUUUGGGAUUUAGGAAAUUUGGUCUGGCAGGGAAAAGAGAGGGUUACUAGUAUAUAGCGCAUCUGUCAAAGAAGUAAAAACAGAUCAUUAAGCUCUGUUCAGAUAAUUUGCUGUCAAGUAUGUUUUUGUUUCUUAUCAGUUGUUAGCAACUAGCCUGGUGUUGAGCCUUGUCAUUGCUAAACAAACUGCAUUGUCCUAAGUUUUAUGUAUUCUGUGGGUGCCAGAGGCAAGUCUAUUCUCAAGGAUUUAUUUUCUGAAGCUUUCUAUGAUAAGUUUUGGCUGCUAUUUUUCUUGCCUGAUUAAGCUGGUGCUUUAAGAAAGAACUCAUACAUGC